AUGCACGAAACGUCGCAACUUUUCCUAAAUUCUGGGAAUACAAUACUGAGUGACUGGGUCGAACGCGUACGUCAUAUUGCCGUGACAACCCAGUUUAUGAUCACGUGUCAAGUCAUACUUUUAUUUUGUCUUCUAAGAAACCGGUUUUUCAUGGUGUUAUCAACUUUUAUUACCUAAAUGAUAUGAGCAAUAAAAUUAAUUUGUCUUAUUGGAAAGAGCUUUUAAAGUUAUAUCAGAUUUGUCAUAUCUUACUUUGUUCAUGAAAUAUUUUGACUGAAAGCAACGGCUCGUCCAGUAUUUUGGAUUACCGUAUUUCUAACCUCAUUAACUACAGUUUUGAUGACGUCACAUGUGAAAUUAACUUUUUAAAAUUUCUAGGUUCUAAAAUCAAAAUCGAAACUUGGUCCACAGAAUUUAUUUCAAGUUUAAAAUCAAACGUAGUUAUCUAUAGGUUGGGGAUUUGUGUCAUAUUGAUCCCACUUGUGACGUAACAUGCAUAUCCACGUUAAUCCAAGAUGGCGAUAAUCUCCAUUGCUUUCGGACAUUAUAUUACAUGAACCAAGCACAAUCAGUGGCGUAACGGAAUCUCCUAAGUUCAUCCCCCUAUUCAAUUUUUAAGUGGGACCCCUUGCGGGGGGGGGGGGGGCGAAAAAAAUUGUCUGAAACAUUUUCAUUGAAGAAAUGGGUUCAAAAACAUUUGCCGGACUAUGACAAUUAAAAAAACAGUCACAAAACAUUUUCCCCAUCCAUGUCUACCGAAAAAGACACUUCAUUACAUUAAUUUGCAUCCAAGAACAAACCGCAAACAUUUUCGCGCGUUUGUUUACGUUUGAAACGGGGCGUUUAUCGUUGGAAACGGAAAUGUUUCACUGCUCAUGUGACGUGUUACAAUGCAAAGCUUAUUUCAGUUAUUUUUUAUGUUUUGAUGUGCUUUCGUGCACGUUUCAGUAUUUCCAAGCUCACGAUAUUGUAAGAGCGACCAAACUUGUUUAUAUUCAUACCUUUUGUGACUACAACAUAUUAUCAUCGGCUUGGAAUAUCAGGAAUCCGACACGUCAGAUGCCGUCCAAUCAGAGGCCGAAGCUUCCGACACUAAGGAAAGCACAGAGAUAAAGCAACCACCUCCAUUUAUUAAAACGAGCUAUCCUGUCCAUUUAAUUGACUGUCCCGAGGAGAGUGAACCCAACGUAUUCUCUAGCCGUCCUCCUGAUAAACCAAGUGAUCCUGGCGUUACAUGUACCGGUAAACGAUCAGGAAAAAAUGAAUCACAAUCUGUAGAAGAAGAAGACUUCUGGAUAAAAGAAUUGUGUUUAAAGUUAUCAGACAAGCGAAUUUUGGAAAAGGGGCAUUGGGUAAACGAUCGUAUUAUUAUGGCGGUGUUCAAAAUAUUGCGACUCCACCCAUUCACGGCCGAGCUUGGUGGCUUACAGGAUGUGAUUCCUGCUGUUAAGUACGGAUUUACCAAAGAAAACCGCGAGCAUUUUGUCCAGAUCAUUAAUGUCCGUGGAAAUCACUGGAUAACACUAUCCAACAUCAAAUCCUGCGUUGAUGAAGUUCGUAUCUAUGACAGCUUUGUUAACCUUAAUCGAAAGGGUAAGGAUCAGAUCAGCUAUCCAGUCGAUGUUGAGCAGUGCGUCUGCAGAAUAGCAAGCCCACUGGGUUUCGUUAACAUGGUUGUCACUAACGUGCAGCAACAGAAAGGUGGCUCAGCCUGUGGCUUGUUUGCCAUAUCAAACACUAUCGCCCUCUGUUUUGGAAAGGAUCCAAUCACGUUGAAAUGGAAUCAAGGCAUGUUAGGUCCCACUCUUAUGCGUUUGUUUGUUGAUCGAGAUUUCCCAUCAUACCUGAAGUCUACAUCCCAGCAUAAGGAUACUCCUAUCCGAAAGUUUCUUUUUGAAUGGGUGUGUUGGGUACAUUGUCACUGUGCCAUGCCUGAUGAUGGUGAGUUAAUGGGUAAAUGCAAGAAAUGCAAGAGAUGGUUCCAUAGUAGUUGCGAACAAGGGGAUUUCAAGGAUCCUGAGUAG